GGCUUUUUGAAAUAGUAUUUUGUUUUCAUUUUACAUACAUACAUAUGUUCUCGUAUUCAAGUUUUGAAAAUACAUUUGUCAUUGAAAAAAUAAAAAAUAGUAAAUAAACAUGAACAAUUUAGUGGCUAAAUUUGUACUGAUCGUGGAGAAGUAUCCGUGCCUUUACAACAAUACUCUGCAGGACUAUUCAAGAAAGGAUGUAACGGAGAAGGCUUGGGCAGCAAUAUCAGAACAAAUAAAUUGGUCAGUCGCUGAUUGCAAAGACAAAUGGAAAAAUGUCCGAAAUAAUUUCGUUCGAAGUUUAAAAGAACCUCCAAGUGGUUCAUCAGCAAAAGCCAAGAAGCCGUAUUACUUGCAUGACAUUUUGCAGUUUAUGCUACCUUAUGUAAGAACCGUACAGCAUUCAGAGAAGAACAACAGCAAUAUUUUGCUGUCCGAUAUGGAUAUAUCGACGGAAAUUGAAGAAACAGAUACUGAACAAAAUACUUCCAAUUCGGUUUUCCAACCAGCAAAACGCAAUGUUCCUACGCAAUGUACAAGUAACCUAAGAAAGAAAAAAAAGGCAGGUAAUGGAGCGGAAGAAAUUGCUGGUGCUGUUUUACAAAUUGUAAAAGAAAGGCAAGAUAAAAAGGGACCUUAUGAAGGUCGUCGAUUGUUUUUAAUGAGUCUGCUAUCAGAUGUGGAGAAGAUGACGGAAGAAGACUACACGGAAUUUAGAAUUUACUGCCUUACAGGAAUUCAAAAAUUUAUGAGAAAUUCUACAAACAAUUUUAAUUUGCUCUCAUCAAGCAGCGGUUCCGUGGUGAGUACACCUGCAUCUUCGCCAACUGAAAUAAAAUUAUUUCCAAAUAGUGCCCAUAUUUUAUGUCCAUCGAGCAGCAAUCGUUUGGCCAGUAGACCUGCUAUUUCGCAAAAUGAUGUAUCCUUCAAUCAACCGUCAAUAAUAUACACUAAUAACAGUGACCAACAUUUUAACGAAAAUGUAACAGUCGUAUUUGAAAAUAACCAAUGA